UCGUGUUGAAUAUAUAUGGCAUGUUCAUAUACUUUUACGAAUCUUAUAAAGCAUUCAAUACAAGUGCGGUCAGUUUUGUGACGGAAACAACUUAUCUCAACUGGAACACAAGUUUUCCAGCAAUAUCGAUAUGUGAGAUUAAAGGAGCGGAUGUGGAAUACGAUGAAACAGAAGAUGAAUCUGGUAUAGAAGAAUUCAUCCAUGAUGUUGUCUAUUUUACUGGAGAUUGCUAUUCAUGUAGCCGUGAUUGCCAGCCAUGUGAAGCGUUAAAUUUCACAGCAGAAGUAUUGAAACGUCGAAAACCUUGCAAUUCUCUAUUUCGCAUAUGUAAAUGGAAUGAUAUUGAGUUUGAUUGUUGUGAAAAAUUUUUACCAUUGGAAACUGAAUAUGGGAUUUGUUACAGUUUAAAUUCCCUUCAUACUAGGCAAACAUCGAAUUCAUACAUUGAUCUGGUUUCGAAUAGGAAGAAUGGUGCUGGUGGAUUGUAUUUCCAGACGGUCAAUGAUGUACGGAUGUAUAUACACGCCACAGAAGAUGUACCUUUCAUCAAUGCAGAUCCAGAUUUCGGAAAGGAUAUUCUUGUGGGAGAGUCAUCCAAGAUUCUUUUCAAUAUAAUUGAAAUAGAAAAUGACGAGAAUGUCGAAACAAUACCAAUCGAACAGAGAGGUUGUAGAUAUGCUUGGGAAGUUCCUAGUAGUUUGAAAGUCCACCGGUUCUACAGUUACUCUUCUUGUGUUGUACAAUGUCGAGCAGAAGCUCAACGUGAAUUGUGUGGAUGUACACACCAUCAUAUGCCACUCUAUAACCGAGAAGGAUACUGCAAUAUUCAGGGUCUCAAAUGUUUGACAGACCAGACUGCAACUUUGAACGCACUUCACGCUGCAGGAUUUGAGAAACCCGGGCUGGUUUGUGACUGUGUGCCUUCGUGUAAUGAACCCGAGUACGAAAUCGUAUCUGAAACACGCGGGCCUCAUCCCACCAACAGUGAAGUGAGUAUUAAGUUGCAAUCCCUCCCUACUCAACGCCUCAAGAGAAUCGUUACAAGAACAACUAUGGAUUUAGUCGUUUCCUUUGGAGGUACAGCAGGACUUUUCAUUGGAGCAUCCCUUCUCAGCAUUGUCGAAGCGGUUUAUUUACUUUUCUUGAGGAAACUUUAAAUUACGACUUCGCGUACUCGGGUUAGCUGGAAAUACCUACAUUAUGUAUUCCAGAUAAGCAAUGCCGUAACUAGAUAUAAGAGUCAUCUGUGGAACUUUUGUGCGAUUGCUAUUGCGCUUGUUUUUUUCUCGAAUUGGAAAUAAAUAUGUUU